ACGUGAAAAUCUGAGAAAUGAACAAAUUACGGCAGAGCUUUAGGAGAAAGAAAGAUGUCUAUGUCCCAGAGGCCAGUAGGCCUCAUCAGUGGCAGACUGAUGAAGAAGGUGUUCGUACUGGCAAGUGUAGCUUUCCUGUUAAGUACUUGGGACAUGUUGAAGUGGAUGAAUCCAGAGGAAUGCACAUCUGUGAAGAUGCUGUGAAGAGACUGAAAUCUGAAAGGAAGUUCUUCAAAGGCUUCUUUGGAAAAUCUGGGAAGAAAGCCGUCAAAGCAGUCCUGUGGGUUUCGGCGGAUGGACUCAGAGUUGUAGAUGAGAAAACAAAGGAUCUUAUAGUUGAUCAGACAAUAGAGAAGGUUUCUUUCUGCGCACCAGACAGGAACUUUGACCGAGCAUUCUCAUACAUCUGUCGAGAUGGCACAACAAGACGCUGGAUAUGCCACUGCUUUAUGGCUGUGAAGGACACGGGGGAAAGGUUGAGUCAUGCCGUGGGCUGUGCAUUUGCAGCAUGCCUGGAGCGAAAGCAGAAGCGAGAGAAGGAGUGUGGAGUGACUGCCACCUUUGAUGCCAGCAGAACCACAUUCACUAGAGAGGGGUCAUUCAGGGUCACUACAGCUACUGAGCAAGCAGAGAGAGAGGAAAUUAUGAGACAGAUGCCGGAUGCUAAAGCAGUUGAAACAGAAGUGAAAACAGUAGCACCAGGUGCUGCACCAAACAAUACUGCCCCCUCUUCUGGCUCACCAACCUCUCCUACUGCUGAAGUUGCUGCCUCUCUGGAUAAAGAAAUGAGCAAUCCCCAUGCUAUUCCACGGAGGCAUGCCCCUAUAGAACAGCUUGCCAGGCAAGGGUCUUUCAGGGGCUUCCCUGCCCUCAGCCAAAAGAUGUCUCCUUUUAAACGCCAGUUGUCUUUGCGAAUAAAUGAACUGCCUUCAACAGUGCAAAGGAAGACCGAUUUCCCCAUGAAAAACUCAGUCCCCGAGGUAGAAGGGGAAACAGACAGCAUUAGUGCCCUGUGCUCUCAGAUCACCAGUGCUUUCAGCACACCAUCAGAAGAUCCUUUCUCUUCGGCCCCCAUGACAAAACCAGUGACAGUAGUCGCACCACAGUCUCCUGCCUUUCAAGUUAAUGGCACUGCCUCUGCCUUCUGUGUGCUUGCUGCUAAACCAUCCCAAGCUGCUGUAGUGUCCACAGCUAUGCCAGUUCGUGAAACCAAUCCAUGGGCUCAUGCUCCUCCUGCUAAUACUGGAGCUGCAGCCAUGGUCACUGGCACUGAAUGGAGCAGCACUUCCUCAGGUGCGGCCUCGCCAAGCCUCUUCCAAGGAAAUCACAGACGUACUCCCUCGGAGGCAGACCGCUGGUUGGAAGAGGUCUCAAAGACUGUCAGAGCUCAGCAGCAGCCAACCUCAGCCCCAGCCCCACAGCCACUGCUCCAGCCUCCUCCAGCAGCUCCAGCCUCCCAGUCAGCACCAGCCUUCCCAGUCAGCACCUUCAUUGCGCCUCAGCCUGUGCCGGUGGGCGUGGUACCACCCAUGCAGCCAGCUUUCAUUCCAGCUCAGCCCUAUGCUGUACCAAACGGGAUGACCUAUGCAGCCCCAAGCGUCCCUGUGGUUGGGAUCACACCUUCCCAGAUGGUAGCCAACGUCUUUGGUACUGCGAGCCACACUCCAGCAGCCCAUGCACAUCAGUCCCCCAGUCUCGUCAAACAGCAGUCGCUCCCUCAGUACGAAAGCAGCAGCGCUACCGCCAGCCCGUUCUUCAACCCACCCACCCAGCACAACGGCUCCACGGCGUUCAACGGCGUCGAUGGUGGGAAAUGGGCUGCCGAGGACAAGCAUUCGCAGCCUCCCGCCGCUGCUCCCCAGGUUGACCCGUUCGAAGCACAGUGGGCAGCACUAGAGAGCAAGACGAAGCAGCGCACUAAUCCCUCCCCAACUAACCCCUUCUCCAGUGAUUUACAGAAGACAUUUGAGAUUGAACUUUAAGCACUCCCAUGGGGAGGGAGUGGAUAAAUUGUACAAUAGGAUAGAGGGAUAAAGGGAGCAGAGGGGACUGUUCCUGAUCAGUUUGCUUUGAUAAUCCCAAAUGUCCCUUCAAGUAAAAAUGAGUUAGAAAGAGGGAACAAUUAUGGGGAGGAUAUAAACAUACAGAGAAUUUAAUGUGCAGUUCUUAAAAGAAAACCUGGAGCCACCCCAGUCUACAUUCCCUCCUCACUUGGAAAGCUGGAAGUCGAAUGGAGCAAAGAAAGGCACCCAGUCCCAAAGCCUGUUCUGCAGAAACACCAAUCAUCUCACAGAAAGGAAGGCAGAUCUCGUACCUGAGUCCU